AUGCUGCUAGGCACGGGACUCUUUAUCUUUGGAGUGCUACUUCAAGUAUACGUUGAGAUAACCUCAAGAAUGAAAUGGAUUGGUGUUGUCUUUAUUAUUGUUGCCACGUUGAUGCUUGCAUUGCCAGUCUUGGGCAUCAUUGGAUCGAAAUCCAAGAGUCGAUCACUGCUUUUGAUUUACAUUACUGGUCUCGGCUGCUGCUUCAUUGCACUCAUGAUUUGCUCGGUGAGCGCCUUGUCUUUCUCAAACAAUCUGGCAUCAACGUACAAUGCGCACACGAGUUCCACGCUGGCGUGUGAUAUCGAUCUACCGGGAUGUACCAAUUGCACUGACGUGGUCUCUGACAUGAUUCAAUGUGAAGGUGUCACGCGCACAUUCGACAAGUACUGGGUUUCGUGCAAUGGUACUUCUUUAUCUAGCAAUGCAAAUACUAGUAGCACAAAUAGCGACUGUUUUGACGACAUGACAGUCUUGAACGCUAAAGCUGACCAAGGAUAUGAACCAAACGACAUUGCCAAGUGCGGCAAAUGUCCAGAAUGGUCAGCAUCCGAUGUCCAGGCGUACAUCCGAAAUACACUUCAUCUUAUUGGGCUCUUUGCUUUAGUGGUGUGCCUCUUUGUGAUCGUAGGAUUUAUUGGUGCGUUAGUACUGCGACGAAGUUUAGUCGGCUAUCAGACAGACUCCAUUUAA